ACCAAAAAAGCUUAAAGCUCGAAGUUAUUUUGAUUUGGUGAUGCCGCUGGCUCCCUUAACCGAUCCGUGGAACGAGGGCUGUGUGGAGUGCGAUAUGAGAUAUUCACCGGACAACGAUUCAGAUGCAUCAUCGUCUUCAACGACAGCUAGGGCAUCUGCAACAACAUUAUCAUCAUCGUUAUCAACAAUGCCAACAACAGCAGCAACAACAACAACAGCAACAGCAACGUCCGAGAUUGAAAUUACUGAGGUUGCCAAAGAGGGCGAAAAAGCGGACCCAUCGCAAUUUGAGCUUUUGUCAAUGAUUGGACAGGGAUCGUUUGGAAAAGUCUUGUUAGUGAAAAAGACCCGUGGACGUGAUGCCGGACAGCUGUUCGCAAUGAAAGUCUUGAAAAAAGCUGCCCUCAAAGUUCGAGAUCGCUACCGUACCAAAGCGGAGCGCGAUAUCCUGGCACGCUUUCGCCACCCAUUCAUUGUUCGACUUCAUUAUGGUAAUAGUGUAGAUUAGAA